ACAGCUGCUUAUUCGGCUCUUUGCUUCUUUCAGAGAGCUUCUCUCUGACCUGUAUUUCAGUGCAGGUACUAAGAGCGAACAGAAACCCUUCUGCACAAUAUUUAGUUUGGACUUGUGCUUUUGAAACACAAGACACUUCUUAAAAGGCCCUUCUCAGUCUAUGAGUAAAUCCUGCUUAGUUUGUUGUCGGGGUUUGGUUUGACUCAACCACAUGAUCAGAGUCAGGUGAUGGAAUUGGGAAGAAAAACUAAAAAAAGGACAAACGGUUGCUGUAGGAGCUUAGCAGCUGCUCUCCCUUGGUGAGGAGCCGUAACCCGCUUGGAAAAUGGGCUCAUGUCCCAGGUCUCUGCUUUGGAGUUUAGGUGCAGCUUGUUUGAUGGGUAUUGUUGUUGGACAAAUGACCACUGCCCAGGUCUCUACGGGAUCACCACUGGUAUCUGCUGAUGUUUCGUCAGCUGCUCCAAAUGCAACCACUGUCGGGGUCUCUACAGUAUCAACUACAGCUGUGACAGUAACAGCUGAAGUGCUGUCAACCACUACAAACCCCACGGUGCCAUCUGCCACAACAGUAUCUGCUGAGGUUUCAUCCACCACCCGAACUGCAACAGUGUCCACUAUUCCAAAUAGUACCACUGUUCAGGUUUCUCCAGGACCAACAUCAGCUGUGACAGAGUUGCCCGGGGUAACAUCAGCUACCCCCCGUGGCACAGUACCUACCAGCAUGCUAUCUACUGCUCCAAACGUGACAGCAUCUGCUGGGGUUCCAUCAGCUACUCCAUUCGUAAGCACCAUGGAGUCCACAAACUGCAGUGCAGUGAACACAACAGCGUGUACAGCUUGUUCACCAGGAACGUUUCCCAGCAAUGAGACAUUGGGUUGUUUCUGCUGCUCAGAGGGCUCCUGCGCAGAACCUAUUGAUUGCAUCUCCUGUCCAGUGGGUCACUAUCAGCCUCUAGCUGGACAACUGUCCUGUCUGCUUUGCCCACAAGGAUAUUACACUAAUUUAACGAAAAGUGUUGCAUGCCUGCCCUGUCAGCCUGGCUCUUAUUCCAAUGAGUCUGGGGCACCAGCUUGCACACCAUGUGGAAAAGGGCAUUUCAGCUUCCAGAACAAUUCAGCAUUCUGCAUGCCCUGUCCACACGGAUCAUUUUGCAAUACUACCAACUGCAGCAAGUGUACAAUUUGCCCCACUGGAGAAGAGGCCCUUACAGAAGCAUCUGAAGAAUGUGCACCUUGUCUGCCAGGUACAUAUAAAGGCCCCAGCGACAGCAAAUGUGAGAUCUGCAAUAUAGGAGAAUACCAAGUACAAAGGGGCAAGGAGAGCUGUGACAAAUGCCCAGAAAAUUAUUACUGUCCUAGCCCAGAUGUGAACCCAAUUGCAUGUCCUUCUAAUGCCUUCUGCCCAGCUGGAAGCACUCAACCACAAUAUUGUAUGGAAACAUUUCUUUAUAAGGCAGGAAACUCUUGUGAACUGGCUCCUCUAACCAUUGUAUUACUAGCUGUUUCUUCAGCAGGUGGAGUCCUCCUUGUGUCUGUAAUAAUUCUGAAACAAAGGCAAGAAAAUGGCAGGAAAACUUUAAAAUCUCCAUUACUUUCAAAAGGAGCAAGACCACACACAACUUAUGGUGUGACUGGGCGCACAGAACCAGUAUAUGCUGGCUGGUAGUCGGCUAGGAUUGUAUAGAGUUGUAAAAAUCACAAGCAUUUUCUCAGUUUCUUUUCUCAUGUCUGGUGAUUUGACAGAUGUUUAUUUAGGACUGUGGGUCUGGGCAGAAUGUAAAACAUUAUUAAUCCAUGGGGAUUUGUUUGUGUAGCCAAAAUAUUUAAUUUUAGCCAUGAGUGAACAAAAAUGAAACUUAAAGUGA